AUGCAUGCGCUUUUGCUUCUUCUUGCGGCCGGCGUUGCUGUCGCUGCCCCCGCCUACAACAAGUCGCAAUCGCAUGCAGUGACAAACAUUCAAGUCGGCCCACGGCCCUUCUGGCUCGUCGACCAGAUGGACGACAGCCCGCUCAAAACGAAGCUCGAGUCCUGCACCGAGAAGCCUAUCAAGCAUGCCCCCUCCUUCUCCAUCUCCCACCGCGGCGGUCCCCUCCAGUUCCCGGAACAUAGUCGCGAGGGGCUUUAUGCAGGGGCGCGCAUGGGCGCAGGCAUCUUGGAAUGCGACGUUGCUUUUACUAGCGACCGUCAGCUUGUCUGCCGGCAUUCCCAAUGCGACCUGCACACCACCACCAACAUCCUGCUGAUCCCCGAGCUUGCAGCAAAAUGCACCACACCUUUCCAGCCCGCGACGGCCAACUCUUCAGCGACGGCCAAAUGCUGCACGUCGGACAUCACCCAUGAUGAGUUCCUCUCGCUCUGCGCCAAGAUGGACUCGUCCAACUCCAGCGCAACAACUCCCGAGGACUACCAGUACGGUGGUCCCGACUGGCGAACGUCGACCUACGACAACUGCGCCACCACUAUCGACCAUAGAACCUUCAUUGAAAUCACGGACAGCUUGGGUCUGCAGUUCACGCCCGAGCUCAAGACUCCCGAAGUCGAAAUGCCUUUCCAGGGCAACUACACCCAGGAAAUCUACGCCCAGCAGCUCAUCGACGAGUACAAGCAAGCCGGUAUCAACCCGAAGCGCGUGUGGCCGCAGUCCUUCCUCGAGGACGACGUUAUCUACUGGGUCAACGCCGAGCCCAGCUUUGGCAAGCAGGCUGUCUACCUUGACCCGCGCGUUGACACCGUUGCCGGGUAUGUGCAGGCUGUUGGCGACAUGGACAAGCUCUACAAGCAGGGCGUUCGCGUUCUGGCGCCGCCUAUCUUUGCCUUGCUCAACGGCACCGCCAGCGGCGAGAUCGUUCCCUCGUCGUACGCGCAGGCCGCGAAGAAGGCCGGAUUCGACCUCAUUACCUGGUCGCUCGAGCGCUCGGGUCCUCUCAAGCAGGCUGCCGCAGAGGGCGAGUACUACGUCUUGACCAUUGCCGACGUGAUCAAGGGCGACGGCGACAUGUAUCGCAUCGUCGACGCUCUGGCGCGCAAGGUCGGUGUCAUUGGCAUCUUCUCCGACUGGCCGGCGACGGUGACAUACUACGCCAACUGCUUCGGGCUCCUCUAA